AUGGAGAGCCUGGCUCAGACUAUGAAUAUUUCCAAGAUGGCUCUAGAUGACAACUUCACUACCGGUUCCUUCAAGUGUUCGAUUUACGGCUUCAAACAAGUAAUUUAUUCCAUCAUGUACCUCAUUAUCUUCUUCCUGGGUGCUGUUGGAAAUGGCCUCUCCAUAUAUGUUUUCUUCCAGUCUUCGCAGAGGAUCUUAGUAAAUAAAUACAUGCAGAGCUUGGCUAUUUUGGACCUCAUGUUUGUGAGUACUUUGCCCUUUCGGGCUACAUAUUUCCUAUUGGGAUUGCAGUGGAUAUUUGGUAAUAUCCUCUGCAGGAUCAUGACCUACACCUUGUAAGUGAAUAUGUACUGCAGCAUUUAUUUUCUCACCGUGCUCAGCAUAGUUCAUUUCAUAGCCAUCAUCUACCCAUUCAAACAUGGAAAAGUAACCAACAGCAAGAAUAACUUACACAGCCAUGUGGAUCUUCAUGCUGGCAGCCCUCUGUUGAGCAAGGGAGUCGCUGGGUACAGCACCAUAGUCAAAUGCUUGGACCUCCACCCCUUCAACAGACACAGGCUCUUCAUGAUGAACAGCUUUGUCCUCAAAGUGGGCUUCAUACUGCUGUUUUGUACAAUUGUUGUCUGCUAUGUCUUUGCAAUCAGAGCCUUGCUCAAGUCCAGGACUGUACAGAGCAAGAGGGUGGUUUAUCACAAGAAGGCACUGUUAACCAUCAUCAUCACUCUCAUCCUCUUCCUCCUCUGUUUCCUGCUGUAUCACAUACUGUAA